UCCACUUGAAGCUUCGCAGCUCGCACCAGAAAAGCGACGAACUUUUUCCGCUCGAACCUUCUCUACUUCUCUUCUCUUCUCAUCGCCUCGCCGCCGCCGCGCGCCAUGGAUACGGCCAUUGGCUCGGUAUCGUCCGCGUCCGACGCCGCGUCGUCCCCCGCCGUGGCCCUCUCCUCGACCGCACCGCGGGACGCCACGCUGGGGCGCCACCUGGCCCGCCGCCUGGCGGAGGUGGGGGCCCGGGACGUCUUCACCGUGCCGGGGGACUUCAACCUCACCCUCCUCGACGAGCUCGAGGCAGAGGGCUCGACUGGCGUCCGCCUCGUCGGGUGCUGCAACGAGCUCAACGCGGCCUACGCCGCCGACGGGUACGCCCGCGCGCGGGGCGGCAGGGUGGGCGCGUGCGCGGUCACCUUCACUGUCGGAGGCCUCAGCGCCAUCAACGCCGUGGCGGGGGCCUUCAGCGAGAACCUGCCCGUGAUUUGUAUCGUCGGGGGGCCCAACAGCAACGACUACGGGAGCAACAGGAUCCUGCACCACACCAUCGGCUUGCCCGAUUUCACGCAGGAGCUCAGGUGCUUCCAGACUGUCACGUGCUAUCAGGCAGUGGUGAACAACUUGGAAGAUGCACAUGAACAGAUUGACACUGCCAUCUCUACGGCACUGAAGGAGAGCAAGCCUGUUUACAUUAGCAUCAGCUGCAACCUCCCCUCAAUCCCACAUCCCACCUUCAGCCGCCAUCCUGUCCCUUUCUUCCUGUCCCCAAGACUAUCGAACCAGAUGAACCUGGAGGCAGCAGUGGAAGCCGCUUCAGCGUUCUUGAACAAAGCAGUCAAGCCAGUGCUUGUUGGUGGACCAAAGAUGAGGGUGGCCAAAGCAUCCAAAGCCUUUGUAGAGCUUGCAGAUGCCUGCGGCUAUCCCGUAGCAGUGAUGCCUUCUGCAAAGGGGCUUGUGCCAGAGCACCACUCUAGGUUUAUUGGCACAUACUGGGGUGCUGUGAGCACUCCGUUCUGUGCUGAAAUCGUCGAGUCUUCCGAUGCCUAUGUAUUUGCUGGUCCAAUAUUUAAUGACUACAGCUCGGUUGGGUACUCACUACUCCUGAAGAAGGAGAAGGCCAUCAUUGUCCAACCGGAACGGGUGGUGAUCGGACAUGGCCCUGCGUUUGGAUGUGUCCUGAUGAAGGACUUCCUGCAUGCACUUGCAACCCGCCUGAAGAAGAAUGCUGCUGCAUAUGAGAACUAUCGUCGAAUUUUUGUGCCUCAGGGCGAACCACUGUCAUCUGAACCUGGAGAGCCAUUGAGAGUGAACAUACUCUUCAAGCAUAUUCAGAAAAUGUUGUCUGGCAACUCGGCUGUCAUUGCAGAGACUGGGGACUCGUGGUUUAACUGCCAGAAGCUGAAGCUACCAGAAGGCUGUGGGUACGAAUUUCAGAUGCAAUAUGGAUCGAUUGGCUGGUCAGUGGGUGCAACUCUGGGAUACGCACAGGCUGCUAAAGAUAAGCGUGUCAUUGCCUGCAUUGGAGAUGGCAGCUUUCAGGUGACGGCACAAGAGGUGUCAACAAUGCUCCGGUGGGGGCAAAACAGCAUCAUAUUUCUCAUAAACAAUGGAGGGUACACCAUUGAGGUGGAGAUCCAUGACGGUCCUUACAAUGUUAUCAAGAAUUGGAACUACACUGGUCUGGUGGAAGCAUUCCACAACGGCGAGGGCAAGUGCUACACAGCAAAGGUUCGAACUGAGGAGGAGCUGAAGGAGGCAAUCGAGGCAGCUCUGGGACCUAAGGAGGACUGCUUGUGCUUCAUAGAGGUCAUCGUGCACAAAGAUGACACCAGCAAAGAGCUUCUCGAGUGGGGAUCUAGGGUUUCUGCGGCAAAUAGCCGCCCACCGAAUCCUCAAUGAGUUCAUCUGGUCUCCACACUUGCACGGGAAAUGGGUCCUCGUCCUGUUCGAUGUCCACAUAAAAAAGUUCAGAAAAGGAUAUGUCAUUGAUCUCUGAUUAAAUUAUCCAUGUAAUUAACUGAUGCUGUUAGCCCUCAUGGUUACUGCACGGAAAUGAUUUCAGAAACUGAUGCUUGUAUAGCUGUAUUGCUGCCAAUAAAUCUGAAAUCGAUUUUUGUUGUUCUUAA